AUGGCGAAUCUACCCCCCCGUCCAGCCGAGAUUGCUCAGGCCGAAAAUGUGCUGGAAAGGUACAAUAGAGCCCUUGAGAAGGCGAUCUCGACGGUGAUGAAGAACAACAAGAUCGCAAGCCGGAUGAAGAAAGCGACGCCUGUGAACAGACUGGUCCAAUUUGAUGACGUGAUUCUCAAAAAUGAGAUCAUUCAACCCAGAGAUCCACUGUCCAAAAUGCCUGCUGAAGUCCAGGGCAAGAUCCAGCAAGCUCUUCCACUGGAUGACCGAUUUGUUUUAGCACUCACCUGCAAGACUCACGCCAAAACCUACAAGAAACUGAGAGACAAGAAGUUAAAGAACGGCAAGUACUUGUUCCCCAAGCCAAAACGAUCCACCGAAAUUCAUCGCCUGCAACUGCUUGUCCGUACCCCAAAUUGGAUGCCAGCAAAUUAA